UCCGUGGCUCUGUCUUAUACUUUAUCAAAAGACUAGGGCCUCCGGGUCCCUUUCUUAUUGGGGACCUUCAUGUCGCUGUCUUAUGUGGUGGUUGGUGGUUUCCGAGUUGUCAACUCUACGUCAUGACAUUGACAUCAAGGACGAAUCCACUGGGUAUAAUUUUGAUACGUCUGAAAAACAUGUCACUAAGUAUAUCUUUGAUAUUGGGUGAACUCUUUUGCUCACUGCAAUAUUCUUCACUCACCCCACUUUUAGUGGUAGAGUUUAUAUACCUGAUAUUUUUGUGGCAUACUGAAUUUACUGUGAUGGAGGUCGAGGCUGGUCUUGAUUAUAUGACCCCGCGACUUCAAAAUUAACGGACACCCGUAUCUUC